CAGUCGCGCAAGACUCCAUGAUCGCCAUCUGCCAGCAUGCUGGGAUCCUGGAGGAAAGCAUAUUAUCGCUGGAUCACGACAGCCCAGGUAAUCAAAAGGAAACCUGCUUCGUGGCUACAGACGACCUGGUGCUGGUGCACAGAAGCAGGCAAACGGGCGCUGCAACCCUGCAGCGGUUGGAUGCUUCCUUUGAGGACCACCACGUGCUCAGAAACACAAAGAAGGACGUUUCCUUGGCUUCUAGCGUGACGGCUCUGGGCUGCGACCUUUCGAACAAUCCGGUUAAGGUGGAGCCCAACGGGACGAAGCUGACAACGCGUAACGCUUCUCCUCGUGCUCUUCAUGCUUGCCUGGGAGUGUGGGAAUGGUUCGCUAUCAUGCAGAGACCUUUGUUCAGCAUCUACGACUCCAUUUAUGGCUUUGUCCGCAGUCAGCCUGCCGGUCAGGUCCGCGAUGUUCCAAGCAAGGUUCAGGACGAGAUGCUGCUCACGCUGUUGCUCGCGCCGCUUUUGCCCAUCAGGCUUGAUCGGGCCCCUCUGCCCCUUUUGGUUGCCACCGAUGCCUCCAAAGACUUCGGCUUCGGGGUGUCGGUAAGCAAGUGCAACGUUUCCGAGGCGGCUGAGGUAUGCAGGCUUGCCGAGCGACGUGGGGACUACGUUCGUCUUACAGCUGAUCCUGAUGACCCCGGGGAGUUGCCAAGGCUGGGCAAGCCUCAUCGCUUGCCGCUUUCAAAGCAUGACUUUCGCACUGUUAUCUCUGCGAAAUCACAGUGGAAAGCGCAUUCGGGCGUGCUGGAGGCGCAUGGCUACCUAUUAGGGCUGAAAUAG